AUGGACGUGCUGGGGCGGCUGCUGGUGCUGACCCUGGUGGCUGCCCUGUGUUCAGCACAGUUGAAUUUUACAGAGGCUGAAGGCAGGUCCAGCUGCAGAGCCACCGUGGCAGGGAGCAAUGCUGGACAGAACUACAAAAGUAUGAUCUUGAAUCUCAAUUCCAAUGAGGACUGCGUUUGGACCAUAGAAAAACCAUACAACCAAAGUAUCAGAAUCAUCUUUUCCCACAUCCAGCUGGAUCCAUAUGCGAGCUGUGAAAUCGAAAACAUUAAAGUUUUUGAUGGAUCUUCUACAAAUGGGUCUCUGUUGGGGACAGUCUGCAGCAAACACGACUAUGUUCCUGUGUUUGAGUCAUCAGCGGAUACACUGACGUAUCAGAUAGUCACCGGCUCCACAACAGUGCCAAGAAGUGUUUUUGUCUUCUAUUACUACGUCUCUCCUGGCACUUCUAUUCCAGCUUGUGGCGGGUACCUGGAUGCUUUGGAGGGAUCAUUUACCAGUCCCAAUUACCCAAAGCCCCAUCCAGAGCUGACAUACUGCGUGUGGCACAUCCAAGCGGACGAAGGUUACAAGAUAAAGUUAAGCUUCAAAGACGUUUUCCUGGAGAUAGAUGACAACUGCAGGUUUGAUUUCAUCGCCGUGUAUGAUGGCUCCUCCACCAAUUCUGGCCUGAUUGACAAGGUCUGUGGUCGCGGGAAGCCCACCUUCGAGUCCUCGACAGGCUCCUUGACUGUUGUGCUGUCUACCGAUUACGCCAACUCCUACUGGGGCUUUUCUGCUUCCUAUACUUCAGUUUAUACAGAAGAUGUCAACACUACAUCUUUGACUUGCUCUUCUGACAAGAUGAGAGUCAUCCUAAACAAAUCCUACCUAGCAUCAUUUAACUAUCAUGAGAAUAACGUACAAAUAAAUGACCCCACCUGUAGACCAAGAGUAUCAAAUGUUGUGGAAUUUUCUAUCCCUCUUGGUGGAUGUGGCACAAUCAAACAGGUGGAAGAUCAGACCAUUACCUACACCAACGCCAUCACCUUUAUCGUGUCCCCGACUUCCGAGAUCAUCACUCGCCAGAAGCAUCUCCAGAUCAUCGUCAAGUGUGAAAUGGAGAACAACUCCACCGUGGAGAUCAUGUACAUCACGGAAGAUGAUGUCAUACAGAAUCAGAACGCCCUGGGCAGAUAUAACACAAGCAUGGCUCUUUUUGAAUCCGGCUCAUUUCAGCAGCCUAUAAGCGAAUCCCCGUAUUAUGUGGAUUUGAACCAGACGUUGUAUGUUCAAGUCAGUCUGCACACUCCAGACCCAAGUCUGGUGGUAUUUCUCGAUACCUGCAGAGCUGCUCCCACGUCUGACUUUGGCUCGCCGACGUACGACUUAAUUAAGAGUGGCUGUAUUCGAGAUGACACGUGCGAGGUGUAUCCUUUAGCGGCACACCACGGAAGGUUCCAGUUUAGCGCCUUUAAGUUCCUGAGGAGCCUGAGCUCGGUGUAUCUGCAGUGCAAGGUGCUGAUAUGUGAUAGCAGCGACGCCACGUCUCGCUGCAGCCAAGGCUGUGUCUCCAGACGGAAACGAGAAAUCUCGUCCUACAAGUGGAAGACCGACUCGGUCAUAGGCCCCAUCCGCCUGAGGAAAGAUCGAAGUGCAGGUGGAAACUCAGUGACUGGACUUGUACGUCAACCAGAGGCAGAAGGAACUCAGAACCUGCCGUUCGACAGCAUGCAUCUGUUUUCAUUCACCGUUCUUGCCCUGAAUGUAGUGAUUGUAGCCACUGUCACAGCGAGGCACUUUAUGCAUCGGCGGACGCACUACAGGUACCAGAAGCUGCCGGAAUACUAA